UAAUUAUUCCUGCCAAUUACUUUCAUACGUUCAUUCAAACACUUGGCUUUCAAUUCUUGGCGUUUUGGAGGUGAUAAAGGCAUAAACAAUUCACUCUCUCUAUGUACAAUAACUCAUCAAAAUACAAAGCCUUCUUCCUUGGAACAGUUUCUUUUUGUAAAAUAAAUGCAAAAACACUAACAUGAUUUGUGUAACGUUCAUCAGCCCCUAUAAAUUCAUGCACAAAUUUGGCAAAGAUGAAUACCAAAGAACCACAAGAGUUUUGAACAAUACCUGUAAUGGCACGAGCUAAUUACCUCAUUACUGCUCUAUCGAUCCACAUAAUUUGGUUGCUAUUACUUAGCAAACCAUGCAGUGCGCUAGCACCUAAAACUUCUCGAUCUUUUCCCGCCAUUCUCAUAUUCGGUGAUUCGACAGUUGAUACUGGGAAUAACAACUUCAUCCCCACUAUUUUCAAGGCUAAUUACUGGCCAUAUGGAAAAGACUUCCCUGGUCAUGUUGCCACCGGAAGGUUUAGUGAUGGAAAACUCAUUCCUGACAUGGUGGCAUCUAAGUUGGGGAUAAAGGAGCUCGUUCCUCCAUUUUUGGAUCCUAAACUGUCGGAUGAUGAUGUCAAAACAGGAGUCAGUUUUGCAUCUGCCGGUACGGGAGUCGAUGAUCUGACAGCUGCUAUAUCCAAAGUCAUUCCUACGAUGAAACAAAUUGACAUGUUCAAGAAUUACAUUCAAAGGCUUCAAAGAAUUGUAGGUGUAGAUGAAAGUAAGAGGAUUAUUGGCAGUGCUUUGACCGUCAUUAGUGUAGGAACCAAUGACUUAACCUACAAUUUCUACGAUAUCCCAACCAGGCAAUUGCAAUACAAUAUUAGCGGUUACCAAGAAUUUCUACAGAAUAGGCUACAAAGCUUGAUCAAGGAAAUUUACCAGCUUGGAUGUCGCACUAUAGUGGUUGCUGGCCUCCCUCCAAUUGGUUGUCUUCCCAUUCAAGAGACCAUAUCAUCCCCGAUUCCUCUAAAUCGAAGAUGUUUGGAAUACCAAAACAAAGAUGCCGAAGCCUACAAUCAGAAACUUUCAAAGUUGUUAGGUAGUUUACAACCACAACUCCCAGGAAGCACUCUUUUGUAUGCUGACAUUUACACUCCUCUCAUGGACAUGAUCAAUAAUCCUAAAAAAUAUGGUUUUGAGCAGACGAACAUUGGUUGCUGUGGAACUGGAUUGGUUGAAGCAGGACCUCUAUGUAAUAAAGUAAUUCCAACGUGUGAAGACCCAUCAAAAUAUAUGUUUUGGGAUAGCAUACAUCCGAGUGAAGCAACCUACAAGUUUGUCACAGAGUCGCUUCUCAACCAAUUUUCCGAUAGGUUGAAUUGA